CAUAUUGACAAGACACACACAUACACACACACACACUCACAUGAUCUACUCCUUGUAGGCAGUAAAAUGUCAGAUAUGGGGGAUACGCUGAUGCUGGGGGUGGAGGGCAUCAAGAAAACCAUCCUGCAUGGAGGAACCGGAGAGAUUCCAAGAUUCAUCACGGGGGCUAAGGUGACCUUCCACUUCCGUACCCAGCUGUGUAAUGAUGAGCGGACGGUGAUAGAUGACAGCAAGGUGGUCGGCACACCCAUGGAGCUGGUGAUCGGCAAUAUGUUCAAGCUGGAGAUCUGGGAGACUCUGCUGUCUUCUAUGAGGACCGGCGAGGUGGCCGAGUUCUGCUGCGACACAACUCACACAGGGCUUUAUCCAAUUGUCUCCAAGAGCAUGAGACGCAUUGCAGAGGGAAAAGAUCCAGUGGACUGGCACAUCCAUACAUGUGGUAUGGCUAAUAUGUUUGCCUACCACACCCUCGGCUACGAUGACCUCGAUGAACUGAUGAAGGAGCCACAGCCUCUCUACUUUGUCCUGGAGCUGCUCAGGGUACAACAACCCAGUGAGUACAACAGGGAGUCAUGGGCUCUGAAUGAUGAGGAGAGGCUGAAAGUGGUGCCUGUGUUGCAUGGCCAGGGAAACAAGCUGUAUAAGCUGGGACGCUACCAGGAGGCCACCCAAAAAUAUAAAGAGGCCAUCAUCUGCAUUAAGAACGUACAGACGAAGGAGAAAGCAUGGGAGGCCCCGUGGCUGAAACUAGAGAAGAUGGCCAAUACGCUGACACUCAACUACUGCCAGUGUCUUCUGCGUAUGGAGGAAUACUACGAGGUUAUCGAACACACCAGUGACAUCAUCAACCAGCAUCCAGGCAUGGCGAAAGCCCUCUACCUGCGUGGCAAGGCCCACAUGGAGGUGUGGAAUGAGGCGGAGGCCCGGCAGGACUUCAGCCGGGUGCUAGACCUGAACCCUGGUAUGAAAAAGGCCGUCAAGAGGGACUUGGCUUUGCUAAACAUGCGCAUGGAAGAGAAGAACCAGGAGGAUAAGCACAAGUACAAGGGCAUGUUUUGACCGAGAAAGAGUGAAGGGGUCCGUCCGGAUGUCCAUCAUGCCCAGACUGGCCGUUGACCUCACAGUAUGGACGGCGGAUGAAAGAAGGAAUAUGGCAUGAAGUCAUGCAUAUAUCACUUUUUUAUGUUGAGAAACAUCAAGUCACCGCUUUGUUGCUCAGGUUUUGUUCUUGUUAUAGGUCAUGAAAAAAUACAAAUAAGUAAAAUAAAAACCAAUGAUUGUCUUGUAAUUGCAUCAUACAUCCAGAAGGUGGGGCAAUGCCCAUA